UCAAGUCCACAGGAAGCCCGCGGUGGUUUCUACUUCUUGUCGUCUUCCUUAUUUGUAAACUUGCUCGAUGCCAUAUUUGUUUUKUCGUGAAUAAUUAUCCUUAUUUGUAARAUCACUUGGAUCAUAUGCAGUAGUGUCCACAAUGGCUGGUGGCCAGGAAAGCUUUUGACGAUGAUUACAAGGUUCAGUUUGUAAAGGCAGAGAAACACGAARCUUUAUAACUUUAGCUUAAUUCCUUUUCGAAAUUUUAAAAUCGAAAUGUAUUGCUCAAGAUUUAGUCGAUUUACAAGCCUCGUGCUUGGUAUGCAACGUUCCUCGCGUAUUCUGUGUAAGACAUGUCCAAGUUUCGUUCGCUGUUGUKCUGCUGGAGUUACGAAGUUCAACAUGAAGCAAAUAGCUCCAAGCCCAGAUGCCUUUGUUGGMCGCCACAUCGGACCAAGUGAAGAAGAGCAAAGAGAGAUGUUGAAAAGUAUGGGUCUAGAGAAUAUUGAAGAAUUGAUUGAGAAAACUGUUCCUGCUGGGAUAAGACACAGGGAGGACCUAAAACUUGACGAACCUUUGAGUAAGUUAUACAAACAAUCUUACUUCAUAGUGUGUUUAAGAAUGUUCCAGUGUGUUAUUGAUCAGCUCACUUGAAUAUUUUGAAAAUGA